AUGGUCGGUGAGAAACACGCCAAUUCUUACCCUGGUCAAGACCCUGGUACCAAUAUCUUGAAUGGAUCGAAUUUGAGCCAACAAUUGCGAUCCAUUUCCAAUUUCUACACGUAUGCAUCGCUACGUCAGAAAUACUCUCGUGAAAAACGUAGCUGCGAAGUGAAAAGACGCAAUAAAACUGCAGUAUCAAGAAAUUGGAUUUACUACGAACGUCUUAAUUUUCUGAAUUCAUUCAUCCAACCACGAUCCACUUAUACAAAUGAUACGUUUGUUGAAGAAGACGAUGAUUCCGUAAUGCUAAAUGAAUGUGGUAUGGAAGAUACGGAGGAUGCGAGUGGUGCCACAUCAAAAACUAUCGAGAUCGAGCUAGAAAACGGCAUUAACAUUGAUGAGCUCGGAGCUAUUACUACCGAUGAUACCGACACUGUGGUUAAUGCAUGUGUGCAGCUUGGCAUACCAAGAGAUAUUCAAACUGAUCCCGAUAAUCAUCAACCAGACGAAAACAUUUGGAACUGCCGCGAACGGAUUGUCUCCAAAUAUUCUCAUGAGCAGUCAACUAUUGAAUAUCAAUCAUUGAACGAACCGCGCGUUACAUCACGGGAUAAUGAAAAUGAUAAAGCCACUGGAGAUGUACAGCAGCAGGUUGAAAAUGGUCAACAGCCCGAUGAUGCAAAUGUUAUGGACCUCGAUAAUUAUGUGUCACCACAUCCAAGCACCAGUUCGUCGAUCAGCAACACUACGAUCCCACCGUAUCCAUCUCGCUGUUAUGAUCCAAAGACUGGUGAGAUUAUAAUUGCGCGGAUCGCUAAUCAAGCCAGAAUUCCGUCAAAUAACCAUCAAUUAAACGAUGUCGGUACAUCUUCACAUUCUUCACAUUCAGCGGCCCCAAAAAACACAACAGCUUCAGUACAGUCAUCACGAACCAAUCAAACACUUCAACCUACCACAUCCUCCGUCGCAACUACAAUCCGCUCAAAUCCAUCAACAAGACGAUCGACUGUCGUUCCAAACAUUGUCUCAGUUGCCAGUACAUCGGUUUCAACCUCUUCAAACGAAAACCGAAUGGACGCGAUUCGACAGAAAAUGGAAAACUGUUUGACAGCCAUAACCAAAAAGGUUAGCGACAAGGCACAGAAAUCUCCACAUGGUCCUUUUUUGUCAUAUUUGGGGACAAGGCUUCAAUCAGUUCCAAAGGAAAGUCUUCCGAGAUUGGAACGAGAAAUUCUAGAUCUGAUAGAUCAAUUCGUAUCGUAA